AUGCUCAAAGCAGUUUUUGUAACCUUAACAUGUAUGGCUUUAAUAUGUUUUUUCGUCAUUCCCACAUUACGAUGUACAACAAUUGCUACUUUUUCUGUUCUUUCAAUUUCUUAUACAUUGUUGGGCACACUUGGUUGGUGUGGUCAAGACAUUGACCCCGUUACAAUGAUCAAUUUAUUAAUGGCUAUUGGUCUUUCAGUUGAUUUCUCAGCUCACAUUUGUUAUCAUUUUGAUAUUUUACAAGAAAAACAAAAAGAAAUUCAAACAGAAUCUCCAAUAAAAAAUAUUAAAAUUUUUGAACAAAAAGAAAUUGAAAAAAGGAUAGAACAAAUACUUGAAGUUGUUGGUAGGCCUAUGCUUGAGGCUGUUAUCUCAACAAUAAUUUGUAUUUUACCGCUUUUCUUUAUCUCAAUUGAAAUUAUUGCUUCGUUUGCUAGAACUGUUUUAUUUUUAGGAAUUAUUGGCACAAUUCAUGGUCUAUUUAUUGUACCAGUUUUACUAACAUUACAAAUAAAUGGGUUGAAAAGGAAAAAGGCUGCUGGAUUUACUAAAGGAAAUUUAUAAGUUUUUAAAAUACAUAUGUGCAUAGAUUGUUAAAUAAUAUUUUAAAAAUAGUUUUUUUGAAAUCUCGUUUUUUGACAUUUUCUUUAUUUUUAAUUACCCUUUUUAUUUUUAAUUACCCUUUCAUCAC